AUGUUAAGCUUUUCAAGGGAGGAUGGGGAGCUGGAAGAAGGGGAGCUGGAAGACGAUGGGGGCGAGGAGCCCCACAGUGUCUCAGAGUCGCGGGAGAAGAGUCGGAAGGAGAAAAGCGAGAAGCAUCACAGCGACUCGGAUGAAGAGAAGCCUCACCGGAGAAAGAGGAAGCGGCGGAAAGAGCGAGAGAAGGAGAAGCGGAGGUCGAAGAAGAAAAGGAAGUCCCGGCACAAGCGCCAUGCCUCCUCCAGUGAAGACUUCUCCGACUACAGUGAGGAUUCGGACUUCAGCCCCAGCGAGAAGGGGCACCGGAAGUAUAGGGACUACAGCCCUCCCUACUCCUCCUCCCACCAGCCGUACGCCUCUUCUCAUAGCGGCCCGAAAAAGGGGUAUUCCAAGAUGGAAAGCAAGAGUUACCCCCCGUACGAGGAUUAUGAGAACGAGGGGUACUGUGAAUACGAGGGAGAGGAGGAUGAGGAUGGGGGGAAGGAGGACUAUGACGACUUUGCCAAGGAGCUGAACCAGUACCGGAUGGCCAAGGAAGGAGGGACGCAUCGGAGCCGAGGGGGCCGUGGCCGUGGCCGAGGGUACCGUGGCCGUGGCAGCAGAGGAGGAAUGAGAGGGCGAGGCAUGGGCAGAGGUGGCCGGGGCAGGGGACGGGGCGAUCACCCUGAGGACGAGGAGGAACUGUACGAGGAGGAAAUGGAGUACUGAGAAGAAGAAGAGCCCGGGGGAGAGGAGGACUACGACGACUAUUCCAAGGAGCUGAGCCAGUACCGCCGGAGCAAGGACGGGCGGGGGCGAGGACCGGGUCGUGGCUCCAGAGGUCGUGGCUCCAGAGGGCGAGGCAAGGGGAUGGGCCGGGGACGAGGGCGUGGCCGAGGGGGCAUGGGCAAAGGCGGAGGCGGGAUGAACGAAGACGACGACUACUAUGACGAGGACCUGGGGGACGGCAGCGGGAAUUACAGGCGGGGCGACCACGAGAAGUCUCACCAGCAGUCGGACAAGAAAGGGAAAGUCAUCUGCAAAUACUUUGUGGAAGGCAGAUGCACCUGGGGGGAACACUGCAACUUCAGCCAUGACAUUGAGCUACCAAAGAAGCGGGAGCUGUGCAAGUUUUACAUCACGGGCUACUGUGCCAGAGCAGAAAACUGUCCCUACAUGCAUGGGGACUUCCCUUGCAAGCUGUUCCAUACGACCGGGAACUGCAUCAACGGGGGCGACUGCAUGUUUUCUCACGAGCCCCUCACGGAUGAGACACGAGACCUGCUGGAGAAGAUGCUGGCCGACGAUGCCGAAGCGGGAGCGGAAGACGAGAAGGAGGUGGAGGAGCUCAAGAAGCAGGGCAUCAACCCCUUGCCCAAGCCCCCUCCCGGGCUGCAGCAGGACAUGUACAAGAAGAUCCCCUCUCUCUUCGAGAUCGUGGUGAGGCCCACCGGGCAGCUUGCGGAGAAGCUGGGUGUGAGGCACCCGGGUCUAUCGCCGCCACGCUUCCCUGGGCCUGUGCAUCCUGACAUGUGCCCUGACAUGCCUCCGGACAUGUGCCCCGACAUGUGCCCCGACAUGCCCAUGGGUCCAGGCAUGAACCCCGGUCCUCCCAUGGGCCCUGGGCCACCCAUGAUGCCCUUUGGCCCGGAGGACAUGCCACCCGGCCCACCGCCGCCCGACUUCUACGACGGCUUCUACCCGCCACCAGAAGGCAUGGAGAUGGAGCCCGGCAUGAUGGGCGGCCCAGAGGGCUACGGGAACUAUGAGGAGAUGGAUGAGCUGCCCGAAGAUAACAUCUUCCCAGACCCCUCUUUGGAGCCUGACGUCACAGGCGAGGGCAUGGCCCCCCGGCUGCUGAAGCCCUCCGCCAGCAUCCCCGACUUCCUGCCGUCCACCCAGAGGGCCCUUUACAUGCGGAUCCAGCACAAGCAGCAGGAGGAGGAGGAGGAGAGGGCUCGCCGUCAGGCCGAGGGCUGCAAGCAGGAUCGGGAGCAGGAGGAAGGCGAUCCUGGCAACUGGUACUCCAGCGAUGAGGACGACGGCAGCAGCAGUGUCAGCUCCAUCCUGAAGACACUGCGGCAGCAAAGUUCCAGCAGGCCCCAUGAAGACACGCCGGGCGGCCCAGGCCUCGCCCCAGCCAGGAGCGACCCUCGCCUCCAGAAGAGCCAGGUGCCGGCAGGGGGCCGACCGGCUGACCCUCGCCUCCUGCGUGACCCCAGGCUCUCUCGGGGCUUGGAAACGACCGUUCCCUCUGGCGCUGGGGACACGGGGCCCAGUGACCCGAGACUGGCCCGGCACACGGCUUCGUCCGCCCCGAAGUCGGAAGCUCUGCACGCCAGCCCCACCGCCGGCCAGAAGGCGGUCACGACCCCGGAGGAGGAGGAAGGGGAGCGGGAGAUCAGAGACAAGCCGGUCACCAUCCCGCUGGACCCCCUGCCCAACCACACCCAGAGGGACCCUCGCUGCCAGCUGCAGCAGUUCAGCCACAUCAAGAAGGACGUUGUCCUGAUGGUGCCCCACUUUGCCCGCACGGUCCUUUGGAGUCCCGAGGACCUGAUCCCGUUGCCUGUCCCGAAGCAGGAGCUCGUUCCUGUCCCGGCCGCCCUCCAGUCCUUGCCUGCCCUCGAUCCGCGCCUGAACCGCCCGCAGAGCAGCAGUCUCUCCGACCCCAGGCAGCGGGCCGCGGCCCCAGCUGAAGCCCCGGCCAGCUCCGGCUCCGGCCUCCCGGACUUUGAGCUGCUCUCCAGGAUACUGAAGACAGUCAACGCGGCCGGGAGCCCAGGACAGAGCGAGAAGCCCAGCGACCCCCGGAUGCGGAAGGCCCCCGCCGACCCCAGGCUGCAGAAGGCCCCCGCUGAGCCCAGCACCCCGGCAGCAGCGCCCUCCAAGCCGGCCGACGCCAGCGCCCCGGCAGCCGGCCCCGUGGCCAGCUCUGAGGCGGCCCCCGGCAUCGCUCCUUACGCCCCUCGGCUGCUGACGGCGGGAGGCUUGAGCAGGGGCAGCGGCCAGAGCAGCGUCCUGAGUGGGAUAAGCCUCUACGACCCCCGGGCUCCGGGCUCCUCCGGCGGCAAGGCCACAGAGCCAGCUGGCGAGGGGAGCCCUGCCACCCGGGGCCCAGAGGGCAGCAAAAGCGGCCGAGGCAAGGAGCCCUUGUUUGUGCGUCGGUCAGCCCUGGAUCAGCCCGAACCGGAGAAGCCCAGCACUGAACCUGCCACCGACCGGUACAACAGCUACAAUCGGCCGCGGCCCAAGACAGCCGCCCCCGUGGCCGCCACGCCCACCCCGGAGACUGUCACGCAGCCUGGCGUUCACAACCUCCCCGUGCCCCCCGUCUACGGCAUGGUGAAGCAAGCCGCCAAGUCUGGAGCAGGCAGCCCGUUUGCUGGGAACAGCCCCGCCCAGGAGGGGGAGCCGCAGGACGCUGGCUCUCUCAAGGAUGUGUUCAAGGGCUUCGACCCCACGGCCUCCCCGUUCUGCCAGUAGUAUUAAAAGACUCGCGCAUCGUGCCGCCGCCUCGGACCAAGGGAAGCAGGCAGUGUUCAUGAUCUUUUUCUAUUCCAUUCAUGCUCCCCUUUACCCCCCUCCCUUGUCUAGAAGCCCUUCAGGUUCUGCCUAUUCCUGUCAGCAGUAAUCUUCAAACUCUGCGGUGUAGAGAAGUGAUCAGAGUACCUUGAGAGUAGUAGUAGUACCGGGCAGUGUUGUCUGAUGCCCUGAGAGCGCCUUCUCAGUUCUAUUUGAGGUCCACCUGAAAUCAUCCAGUGUCUUCAAAUCUCUCUUGGGAAAUUGGGCCAGCCUCCUUUUUGCACAGUGGGAGAUCCCCCAAAUCCAUCGGAACCCCCCCCCCCAAAAAAAUUCCCCGUUUCCCCUCUUUAUGUAUUGUCUGUGGGGCGGAGAGGAGACCGAAGAAAGAAACCCAGUUCCUGCCUGCCGCUCAGUGGGCGGAAGCAGACAAGCCGCGUGUCGCUCAGUAGAAGAUAACCUGUGUUCAUUUCUCAGCUAUAACAAAAUACAUGUAUCAUAGCCUUUAAAGGAAAAAUGGAGAAGUAACCAUGUGGGAUUAUUUUUGUAAGUAAUUGUGUUGGGUCUUGUUUUUCUGCCGUCUCCGGGAGGUCCCGGGGAUUGCGACCCCCGCCUGGGCCCGGACAGGGUGCUCUGUGUCCGGAGGGGGGGUGGGGGUGGGCAGUGGCCCCUUUACAAAAGCAAAGCAUUCUACCAAAAAAAAAAAAAGCAUUUGUAGUAUUGAAAUUAAAUUAUUCCUGUCCCUCUGGUUUUACUUGUGUGUAUUCUCCGCGCUUCCCCCUCCUCCCCCUCCUCC